UAUGUUGUGACUUUUCCUCCCAGUGUUGUGUGUAGCGAUUGAUUUCCGAUGUUGACGAAAUGUCCAGCUCUGUUUUACCCACUCCUUCCUUGUGUGAUUUUAACCUUCUUCUGUAGGUGCCCUCUUCUCCGCUGCUGAUUCCCGAUGCCGGUCGGGACCCGCAACCACCCCGUGCCCCGAUAAGGCCCCCCCAGCAUGAGCUACAGCCUGCUCCACGGCCCCAAGAUGAUCUCCCGCAAGAAGGGCUUCCUCCUCCUCCUCCUGGCCUUCAGCACCGUCACUUUGCUCUUGCGCCAAAGCGCCCACCUCAGCUGGUUCCCAAAGUCUUCCCCCUUUGGCUGCAGCCCUGUGCUCUCCUCGCGGCCCAAGCACACCGCCGUGGCCUUCCUGAAGACCCACAAGACAGCCAGCACCACGGUCCAGAACCUGCUCUUCCGCUUUGCCGAGCAGCACAACGUGACGGUGGCGCUGCCCCACCACACCUGUGACCACCAGUUCUGCUACCCCCGCAACUUCUCGGCCCGCUUCGUGCACCCUUACACGCUCCCACCGCGGGUCAUUGCCAGCCACCUGCGCUUCAACGGCGACGAGCUGCGCCGCCUCAUGCCCAACGACACCCUCUACAUCACCAUCCUGCGCGAGCCGGUGGCCAUGUUUGAGUCCCUCUUCAGCUACUACAACCAGUACUGUCCCGCGUUCAAGCGUGUGCCAAACGGUUCCAUGGAGGCCUUCCUGGAUGAGCCGUACCGCUAUUACCGCCCGCACGAGAAGUUCACCAUGUACGCUCACAACACCAUGGUGUACGACCUUGGCGGCGACCCCGAGCGCAACCCGGACCGCGAUCCCACUUACUUGCCGAGGUUCGUCCGCCAAGUCGAAAGCAUAUUUUCCCUGGUUAUGUUGGCCGAGUACUUCGACGAGUCCUUGGUCCUUCUCCGCCGGCUCUUGGCGUGGGAUCUGGAGGAUGUCUUGUACGUCAAGCUGAACAUGCGCAGCCCCGAGUCCAAGCUCAACAUCACCUCUCCCCACCUGGCGGAACAGAUCCGGACCUGGAACGCCCUGGACGCCCGGCUCUACGACCACUUCAACGCCACUUUCUGGCGGAAGAUGAGCGAAGUGGGGCAGGACUGCGUCCGGAAGGAGGUGCAGGCCCUGCGCCAGGCUUGCGGGCGUUUGGCCGAGCGCUGCUUUGGCGGACAGCCUCAGUUGCGCCCAGCCAUGCAGAUCAAGAACAAGGAGCUGCGGCCCUGGCAGCCCAGCGCCAAAGUGGACAUCGUGGGGUACGACCUCCCUGGGUCGGGACCACCUUCCGACGAACUGUGCCUCAAGCUGGUCAUGCCCGAAGUCCAGUAUUCCCGCUAUUUGUUGAGGAAACAGAGCCUGAAGAACCGGCGGAGGGCUGCGGCGCACCAGCCACUCCCACGCCGAGGUGUCUUGCGGCCUCCCAGGCAUCCGGUCACCAAAGUGGCCUGAAUGGGUGGACGGACGAGCAGGAACGUGGGCUCCGUUUCUGCCUUUCAAAAAAGUCCGAUCAUCUCUCAUAAUGUCCCAUGAGUGGGGAUGUUUGCACAAUGGGGGAUUCUGGCAACUUUAUUUGGCUCAGGACCUAGCCAUCUGGGUGGAAAAUGAGACUUGAAUGCAUUAUGAACCUCACUGAUUGAGGGAUAUUUGGACCUUAUUUGACCCCAUGGGGAGAGAACCAGACCCAGACGUCUGGGUGGAAAUGUUUCCCCUGGACGCAUUAUGAAUGGAGGCCGAAUCCCUCUGGUUUUGAGAUUGCGGGAUAUUUUGACCUUAUUUGACCCCUUUGCAAAAGCUCAGGACCCAGAUGUCCAGGUGGAAACGGGACUCUCUCUUGGAUACAUUAUGAUGAACCCCAUUGAACCCUCUGGUUCUGAGGUUAUAGGAUAUUUUGACUUUAUUUAACCCCAUGAGAAAGCUCAGUACCCAGAUGUCCGGGUGGAAACAGGACUCUCCCUUGGAUACAUUAUGAUGAACCCAAUUGAACCCUCUGUUUCUGAGGUUAUGGAUUAUUUUGAUCUUAUUUAACCCCAUGGGAACAUUCAGUACCCAGACAUCCAGGUGGAAAUGGAACUCUCCCUUGGAUACGUUAUGAUGAACCCCAUUGAACCCCCUGAUUCUGAGGUUAUGGGAUAUUUUGACCUUAUUUAACCCCAUGGGAAAGCUCAGUACCCAGACAUCCAGGUGAAAACGGGAGUCUCCCUUGGAUGCAUUAUGAUGAACCCCAUUGAACCCUCUGAUUCUGAGGUCAUGGGAUAUUUUGACCUUAUUUAACCCCAUGGGAAAGCUCAGUACCCAGACGUCCGGGUGGAAACGGGACUCUCCCUUGGAUGCAUUAUGAUGGACCCCAUUGAACCCCCUGAUUCUGAGGUUAUGGGAUAUUUAGACCUUAUUUAACCCCAUGGGAAAGCUCAGUACCCAGACAUCCGGGUGGAAACGGGACUCUCCCUUGGAUGCAUUAUGAUGAACCCCAUUGAACCCUCUGAUUCUGAGGUUAUGGGUUAUUUUGACUUUAUUUAACCUGAUGAGAAAGCUCAGUAUCCAGACGUCCGGGUGGAAACUGGACUCUCCCUUGGAUACGUUAUGAUGAACCCCAUUGAACCCCCUGAUUCUGAGGUUAUGGGAUAUUUUGACCUUAUUUAACCCCAUGGGAAAGCUCAGUACCCAGACAUCCGGGUGGAAACGGGACUCUCCCUUGGAUGCAUUAUGAUGAACCCCAUUGAACCCUCUGAUUCUGAGGUUAUGGGAUAUUUUGACCUUAUUUAACCCCAUGGGAAAGCUCAGUACCCAGACGUCCGGGUGGAAACGGGACUCUCCCUUGGAUGCAUUAUGAUGAACCCCAUUGAACCCCCUGAUUCUGAGGUUAUGGGAUAUUUUGACCUUAUUUAACCCCAUGGGAAAGCUCAGUACCCAGACGUCCGGGUGGAAACAGGACUCUCCCUUGGAUGCAUUAUGAUGAACCCCAUUGAACCCCCUGAUUCUGAGGUUAUGGGAUAUUUUGAUCUUAUUUAACCCCACGGGAACUCUCAGGAUCCAGACGUCCGUGUGGAAACGGGACUCUCCCUUGGAUACAUUGUUUCCGGACUCUUUCGGACCCCCCCUUUCAGCCUCGUUUCUCCUUUGCCUCUAGGAGGAUCUUACCUCAAAGUGGAACCUUAUUCAAAAAUAGCCUUCCA